AUGGCAAACUACAUCACAACACACGACAGCAAAGGCAACUCCGUCUUCUCGGACAAAGUGCCAACAACACACAACGCCCUCCCCAUCCCCAACGGCGAGCUGAACCUCCUGUACAGCACUCAUGCCUCCAUCCCGUCCGUUGGUAGCGAAGACGAUAUCGACAAGUAUGCCCAGGACCGCAGAAAUGGAAUCGCCACUGGCCUGUGUCCAUCCAACGGAACGGCCAUCGCAAUGGUCUCGUUCGCGGCCAGUUCAUCCUCACCAAUGCAUCGGACACUGACACUGGACUAUAUGAUCAUCCUUGAGGGGGUUAUGGAGUUACGUCUUGAUAGUGGAGAGGUCAGGACGUUGAAGGCUGGGGAUUCGGUGGUGCAGAGGGCGGUGAUGCAUCAGUGGAAGAAUGUGACGCCCGACGACGGUAUCGCGAAAGCCGUUGCAAUUGCUAUGGACAUCGAGAAGCCUUUGGACAUCGCUGGCAAGAGUCUUGAGACUGAGUUUCGUAUGCAAUCAACCAUCUAG